AUGAAGUUCUUUCCCAGAUUUGCCCUCCUCGCCAGCCCCGCCACCGCGGCCCCGGUCCAGAUGCUCUUCAAUCUGGUAACGGCCUCGAACAACAGCCACAACGGCCUGUAUCUGUCCACGCAGUCGACCGGUCCGCUGAACAGCAAGGCCGUUUUUCGAGAUCCAGUAAACGCAGGCACUUUUUAUUUGGAUAACCAUAGUGUCCGCUUCGAGGCCCAUAAUGGGGCUCCUUGGGCCAUGGCUUUGUUCUCGGGGAGCAAUGUCGCGGGGCGUGUUGGAGUGAGCGUGGCGCCAUCUUCUGGGAGCUCCGGGUUUGAAUUGUCCGAUGGGGGUGCUCUGACUACAACGAACAAUGAUUUCGGUGGAUGGCUAGUCUGUGAGGAUCAAAGCAGCGGCAGUCUUCCGGGCCUUUACUAUAUCAAUAAGAGUGUUGGUGGUGGUCUUCCCGAUAGUUGUGAUGAGGUUCAACUGGUUGUCAAGUUUAAGACCUCUCCGUAG